AUGCCCAUUGAGAAAGAACGCUUCGUUGCUUGUGGAAAAAUUCGAUUCAGGAGUGAAAGGUCUCUGCUGCGGACCCAACAGCAGUGUACCGAGCGAGUGUUUGUUAAGACAGUUAAUAAUAAACACGAAACUGGUCCAACGACGACACUCAUCAUACUGUCAUUAGUGUUAUCAGAGCGAGCGAGGAGCAGGCGCCGGCUCACGGGCGGUGAGGCGUCGACACCUACUGCCGACCUAUAUGUGAUACACACUGACCACAAGCGAUGGGCUCUUGAUAUACACAAAGGACUCAAUGUGUUUUAG